AUGCCGGCAUCGGGCAAUGUCUCCGACGAUGAUGUUCCUCGCGGCUCUGGUCGUCCACAGGCUCGUCACGCCCAGGCUGAUGCUCGGGACGACGCUCGUGAUUUUGAGGUGACUAGAACUUGGGACUUGUUGACUGAAGCUGCCGAUGGAACAAUCACUGGUGCUGUUGAGGGUCUGCUUGAGGCUGGCAAGAGGAAGAGGUUAUUGAAGGACACCACACCACUCCAGCGAGGUAUCAUCAGACAUGUUAUCCUCAUUCUUGAUAUGUCUUUGGCUAUGAAUGAGAAGGAUCUCCGCCCAACACGCUAUCUUCUUACCCUUCUCUACACCGAGGCUUUCAUCCGCGAGUUCUUUGAACAAAAUCCUAUUUCUCAGCUGGGGAUUGUGGGCAUGAAGGAUGGCAUUGCCGUACGUGUCAGUGAUAUGUCAGGAAACCCUAACGAGCACCUUACAGCCAUCCAGAACAUCAGAAAGGAAGAGCCUAAGGGCAAUCCUUCUCUCCAGAAUGCCCUUGAGAUGACUCGGGCCGCCCUCUUCCAUGCUCCGUCUCAUGGGACCCGCGAAGCCCUGCUUGUCUUUGGUGCCUUGCACAGCAGUGACCCAGGGGAUAUCCAUGCUACCAUUGCAGCUCUAGUGGUUGACAAGAUUCGGGUGUCGGUGAUUGGUCUUGCUGCAUCUGUCGCAGUCUGCCGCGAACUAGUCAAAAAGACCAACAAUGGAGAUGGCGCCAACUAUGGUGUUGUUUUACAUGAGCAGCACUUCCGAGAGUUGAUGAUGAAUGUGACCACUCCACCAGUCACCAAUGACAGUACCAAGUCUGCCAGCUCAUUACUCAUGAUGGGGUUUCCCUCGAGGACAGUCGAAGAUCAUCCUUCUCUUUGUGCAUGCCACACAAAACCAAGCCGUGACGGCUACUUGUGUUCGAGAUGUGAUACCAAAGUCUGCAGUCUACCCUCCGAGUGCCCGGUCUGUGGCCUAACACUUAUUCUAUCCACCCAUCUGGCCCGCUCAUAUCAUCACCUCUUUCCGCUGGUUAACUGGCUUGAGGUACCUUGGUCCAGCGCAAGGCGAAGCGCUACUUGCUUUGCUUGCCUGAAGCCAUUUCUACCUGUCCCUCCCAGAGAAGAAUGGGCUAAGUCCAGCAGUAGCCACAGCGGUCGCUAUGAAUGUCCUGCGUGCCAUCGUCAUUUCUGUAUCGACUGCGAUCUGUUCGCUCACGAGGUUGUGCACAAUUGUCCCGGUUGUCAGAGCGCUCGCCUGCAGACCAGCUUGAUGGGCGAAACAGAAAUCAUUGGGGACAGUAAUUCCACCAUUCGAGAGAACGGUGCGCGGGAAAAUGGUGGGCCAAGCGACCAGCCAAUGUUAAUUGAUGGCUAG